UCGAACGCGAGGAAGGGGAGAGAAAUCAAACGUAUCGUAUCGUAUAAAAUUCAGCCUUGGCUCUCUGGCAGCACUCUGGUUGUGAUACGCCGGGGUCUGUCAGUGCCGUGUCCAGCAGAGCUGUAUCACACAGGGAUGCAGGGAUGCUGAGAGGCCGGCGCGUGGAAUGUGCGCGUCAUCACAGCGACAGAGCAGCUUGGAUAUAGAACGUCACAGAGCGCGUGAACGCGCAUGAGAGAAAGAGAGAGAUGGGCAAUCAAAACCUCACAGCAUCUCUCCCAUCGCUCCCGGAGUCACGGGGAAACGACAGCGGAGCCGGUGAGCACCACGACCGCCUUCAGAAGCUGGACUCUCCGAUAGAUUAAACACGAGACUUCACUGCUGAAGUCAGCGCGUUACGUCGGCGUUCGUUCCCGGAAAACCGAAAUAAAUCACAUCAAAUACGUGCAAACGGAAAGAGAGUGUUGAAUAGACUCAUAGAGGGGGAAAACAUGUCAUAGAAGUGAAUUUGUUUCGUUUUUUCCCCCAUAUGCGCUCAUAAUGGGAGAAGCCGGCGGUCGUUUCCAAACAAGCUCUUCAGUGGACGAAUCCAACUAGACUUCAUUAAGAGAGCGCGCGUGAACAAACCUUCACUUCUGAAACCGUUUCCUCUGAAUCUGUUUUAUGUCUGGGUGUUGUCGGGAGAAACCGUGAAACAUUUCCUGCUGUUCUUGGACGACGGAGAAUCUUUUGGUUUAUCCCGAGCUCAGGCUGAUGGAAUUGCGCUGAGCAACGCUUAAGAAAACGAGGAAAUACCCACAGAGCUCCAAUAUCACAUACCUCUGAUUUCUCCCUGCGGCUCGUUCCCAGGAUCAGCAAUCGUCUGUGUGACCUCUUUAACUGACCUCAUGAGGACGGCUAAGGGAGAUGGAACGUAACAGAAUUUUCUUCUUUACUCUCUACUGCAUUCCCACGAUAACCCACCAGGGCUGAGCACAACCACAGCCCCUCGUCCACCCCGACCCUUCCACAGUCCCCCCAUUCCUGUCCUCCCUCUUGCUCCCUGAAAGACCAAAACAAACCAGCGGGACCACUUUUUCUUGUUCUGUUAUAAUAGUUUAACUUUCCUUUGCCCUUCACCUGUGACAAAGCAAAGCGGAAGUCAAUAAACCAGUGAAGUGGAGAAGGAAAAACAAGACAGUCAUGUAUCUGCCCCAUGCCUUCAAACGCAAUUUGGGCCAUGCCCGCAAUUCAGAGGCCACCCACUCAAUUACUCUCCUCUGGUUGGCUCUGUGGAUCACCUUGGCAUCGUGUCAGCGCAUUGAUCCCGGCUCCAAAUAUCCCACCGUCACCACAAACUACGGAAAGUUGCGUGGGAUUAAAAAAGAGCUUAACAAUGAGAUUCUGGGUCCCGUUGAACAGUACCUUGGCGUCCCCUAUGCCACAGCACCAAUCGGAGACCGUCGUUUUCAACCACCAGAAGCUCCUGGGUCUUGGCAGGAAGUGCGGAACGCUACACAGUUCGCCCCUGUUUGCCCGCAGAACGUGCAUGGUGUUUUACCUGAGAUCAUGCUGCCUGUGUGGUUUACCGACAACUUGGAUGUGGCCGCGACCUACAUUCAGAAUCAGAGCGAAGACUGUCUCUACCUCAAUGUCUAUGUGCCCACAGAGGAUGGUCCACUCACAAAAAAACACGAUGAAUCGACACUGAACCGGCCACGAGAUGAAGACAUCCGUGACCGCAGGAAGAAACCAGUCAUGCUGUUCAUUCAUGGUGGCUCUUACAUGGAAGGAACCGGAAACAUGUUUGACGCCAGUGUGCUUGCGGCAUAUGGGAACGUCAUUGUAGUCACCAUGAACUAUAGGCUGGGAGUUCUGGGUUUUCUUAGCACAGGAGAUCAGUCUGCUAAAGGGAACUAUGGCCUGUUGGAUCAAAUCCAGGCCUUGCGUUGGCUGAAUGAGAAUAUUGGACACUUUGGUGGCGAUCCUGAACGGAUCACGAUCUUUGGCUCUGGGGCUGGAGCGUCUUGUGUCAACCUACUCAUCCUGUCCCACCACUCUGAGGGCCUGUUUCAGAGAGCCAUCGCUCAGAGUGGUACAGCCAUCUCCAGCUGGUCCAUUAGCUACCAGCCCUUGAAGUACACUAAGAUUCUGGCCCGUAAAGUGGGAUGCACAUAUGGGGAGACCGCAGACCUGGUGGAUUGUCUCCGCAGGAAAAAUUUCAGAGAGUUGGUGGAUCAGGACAUCCAGCCGGCCCGCUACCACAUUGCAUUUGGACCCGUGAUGGACGGAGACGUUGUGCCAGAUGACCCCGAGAUCCUGAUGCAGCAGGGGGAGUUCUUGAACUACGACCUUCUGAUUGGUGUAAAUCAGGGAGAGGGGCUGAAGUUUGUGGAUGAUGGGGGCACUGAGAGUGAAGAGGGCAUUUCAGCUGCAGCUUUUGACUACACCAUCUCCAACUUUGUGGAUAACCUCUAUGGCUAUCCUAAAGGUAAAGACAUCCUGAGGGAGACUAUUAAGUUCAUGUACACAGACUGGGCAGACCGAGACAAUGGUGAAAUGCGGCGCAAGACUCUCCUGGCAUUGUUCACAGAUCACCAGUGGGUGGCUCCAGCCGUAGCUACUGCCAAGCUCCACGCAGACUACCAGUCUCCUGUCUACUUCUACACCUUCUAUCACCACUGCCAGACCGAGACGCGACCCGAGUGGGCAGACGCUGCUCACGGGGAUGAGAUACCAUAUGUGUUUGGUGUGCCCAUGAUCGGAGCAACAGACCUCUUCCCUUGCAACUUUUCCAAAAAUGAUGUCAUGCUUAGCGCUGUGGUGAUGACUUACUGGACCAACUUUGCCAAGACCGGGGAUCCCAACUUGCCUGUUCCUCAGGACACCAAGUUCAUCCACACCAAACCCAACCGCUUUGAGGAAGUGAUCUGGACCAAGUUCAACUCCAAAGACAAGCAGUAUCUCCACAUUGGCCUGAAGCCUCGCAUCCGGGACAACUACCGAGCGAAUAAGGUGGCCUUUUGGCUGGAACUGGUUCCUCACCUCCACAACCUUCACGAGGAGGUCUUCAGCACCGCCACAACCCGGCUGCCUCCAGGAACCGCCCGCACCCCACCCUGGAAGGGUCAGGGACCUCGUACCACACGCCAUCCCAUCCCAACCUUCCCUACAGAAUCGGACCCAGACAGCUCAGAGCCCCCUCGAUUCCCUCCCUUCCCAAGCGACACCCGGGACUACUCUACAGAACUGAGCGUGACGGUAGCUGUCGGUGCAUCGCUCCUCUUCCUCAACAUCCUUGCCUUCGCCGCACUUUACUACAAACGCGACAAACGGCACGAGAUGCGACGGCACCGACUGUCCCCGCAGCGAGGUGUACCUGCUAAUGACUUAGCACACAGCCAAGAAGAAGAGAUCAUGUCCCUGCAAAUGAAGCACUCGGAGCACGACGCACACCAUGACAUGGAGCCGCUGCGACCCCAUGAUAUUUUACGUCCCUCAUGUCCACCCGAUUACACAUUGGCACUUCGACGGGCACCCGACGAUGUUCCGCUCAUGACCCCCAAUACUAUCACCAUGAUUCCCAGCACCAUUACUGGCAUGCAACCCCUUCAUGCCUUCAACACUUUCCCUACAACCACCGGCCACAACAACACCUUACCCCACCCUCACUCCACCACCCGUGUAUAGUAGUGCCCCCAGACGAGAGGACUAGCUCUCAUACAUAUCCAGUUUUCUCUCUCUGCCCACCUUUUCAAGCUCCUGAACUUCUUGAGCAGUGACAGCGCAUCCUGUCGGCGUUCUCAUAGACACAAUCAAGGAUUCGUAGAAGUUGUACACACUAGAGGAGCUCAAUGGUGAGCAACAGAUUUGGUCGGCAGUGACAAGUCAUCAGCCUCGUACUGGAUUCAACUAGCUGUUUGUUUUUACACAUUGUUCUUAAAGAAACUGGGCGUCAGUGAUUGACUAAGCUGAUCCGAUGUCAUAAGGAGAAUUGGGGACAUUUACCCACUUUUCUUCUCUCAGUAAAUUGGCAGAGUGCAGAUUUCAUCCAUCCUUUUGUUAUUCCAUUAGCAGCCCAUCGCUGUCUGUCUGAAUGUGAUCUGUGUCCUUGGGUUAUGUUUUACAUGAAUCAUAGGGGCAUUCGAUAAAAGCGGAAGCUGGAUAUGUUGUGUUUUCCUGCAGUUUUGUGUCAAGUAUUAAACCAUUCCUUGUAACAAGACACAAAGAGAGAAAAUGACAGCAUCUGACAGAAGACGAAAACAAAAGUGCCAACAUCCUCUCUUUUUUUUUUUUUCUCGCUCUCGCUCUGCACUGUGCGUGUCAUUUUAUCACACAUAUUUGACUUGGCUAUGUGUUGUUUCUUAGGAAGAUUUUUGUAUGUAAAAAUAUAAAGACAAAUAUAUAAAAGAAUGAUUUAAAUAUAUAUUUACAUGGAUUGCUCUGUGGGAUCUAUGCAUGAAAUAUUUUAAAGCACCAAGAAGGACUUUUUUUGUUUAUUUGUUUGUUUUUGUUUUUGAAGUUUGCUUGCUUCUCCUUCUCUGCAGUGGUAUUUUCAUCAGUAUUAGUCCAAAUGUAACCUCCUCAGUCUGACCACUCUAUAGGACAGUAACCUCUCUCUGUAUCCAGAGAGCUAUCGACAAUAUUCUUUUUAAUGCUUUUUGACAUUCAUAUACAGAUGUUGGUGCUAUUAUUUGACCAUCAACCAUGUAGUGCUCUUCCAGAGCCAUCUGGGAUGGUCCGAACAGUUGCAUAAAUACAGCAAAUGCACAUGUACAAUACAGAUGAUGCUCUUACACCUCAGCCCAUCUUUCUCUCUCUCUGUGGCCUCUCUCGUUCUAUCUCUGUCCUUAUUCUUUCAGUUCAACACCAUUUGGUUUUUGCCAACCAAGUUUAAUAAGCAUCUUUUUGUGUACUUGUGCGUGUGCACACAUAACGAGAGUGUGUUUUCUAGGCAAUAGCCAGGUGUCCUGUACAUUUGUGGGUAAUGUGAAUGUAUGAGGUAAGAGAAUAUGUGACGGAGAGACGCAGCGAGAGAAGGGAAAUCCUCAUAACACAGAAAUCUGUGGCCCUCUAUCAUUCAGGAAAACCUACCUGGCCAUUUAACAUACUAAAUAUUUGGGAAUAGACUGGAAGCACUGCUAAUAUCAGUUUGAUGUGUUCACCCACAUCUCUACAUAUCCCACAUCUGUCUGCACUGCACACUUUUUGACAAGGUUAUGACAAGCACAGCAAAUAGUGGUGGCAAACCAGAUCUUUAUAAUGAAAAAUCAUACAGAUUAAAAGAACGGUAAAAGAAUGAAUGGCUCAGAAUCACUGGACAGUAGCUGUGGGAUAAACAUGAUCACUUAUGUUCUCUUGCCGUGUUAUUUUUCUGCCACUGCUGUGUCUCGGGUGGAUGACGGAUUGUGAAAUGCGUUUGUCUCACUGUUGGCUCCAGUGUAUUGAGCCUGAGAUGCCCAGGACCAUCAUGAUGGAGCAAGAACUAACACCAGUAUGCUGCACAUAGUACUAAACAUGAACAGACUCUAAUUUCUGAGCAAACAUGCUGGAGGUUCAUUCAUGAAUACAGAACUUUCUUCUGCGGCGUGGACUGAAAACAACAACAACCGGACAAUAAACGAAGGGAGAUUGUAACAAACAUUUGUUUGCAAGUACCUUCUGGAGAUCCGAGAGUGUAGGUUGGACCUGUGAAUAUGUACCAUCUGUGGACUUUUGUGUGGUUGUAGGUAUAACUGAACUCCAUUUGAAACAAACUAUGAGGCGUUGACUAGAGCUGCAUACAAAACAACCUCAGUUCUAAAAAUCAGUAGUUCUGACUCUUUUGUUAUUUCUCUUGUUUGUUUUUGGACGCUCAACCACUAGAGUGUAAUGUGGUGUUACAUACAGAAUAAAGAGUCUACAUCCAUUCCGAGCCAUUCAUUGGGUCUUCAGUAGGCGUACAAUGAGAGAAGGAGAAAUAGAAAUGAACUGUACAUUUUUAAGUGUAAGAACAAAUCAACUGAAAAUAUUUGUAAAUAUUCAGUUACUUGUUUAAAUAUUUUGUUUGUUCUUCUUUUCUUUUGGUUUUUGUUUCUGGUUUGAAAUACGUUGUGACCAGGACAACAGGUGCAAGUUCUAAUUCAGCCACCAGCAAAAUUGAUGAAUCUGAUUCGUUAAAUUCACUUUCUGCUGCUUCAUUUAGUUUUGAGAUCAGAGGAUGGAGAGGAUGUAUUGCUCCUAUAUUUAAGCAUAAAGAGAUAUAAAGAGUGUAUUAUGUAGCAUACCAAUGUCACUUGAAUCAUCACAGCUAGUCAUAUUUCUGCACAAGUAUGAUUUCAUGUACAAAUCCUACCGGUUUUCAAAAUUGUUUGAUAUGGAGAUGGACUAGAACAUCAAGUUUAUUUAAGCAAAGUAAGCACUGGAAACUAUGGUGGUUAUGAGAAGUUUUUCAUCUGCCAUGAACUUGUUGUAGCAUUGAAGUCUUACCAAAAGGUGUUAGAGAUUUUAUGAAAUAUCUAAAAUAGGGGGAAAGUAUUGUUUUAUGGUAUCAUUUGUACACUUUAUUAUACAUUUUAUUUUAUUUUUUGAAUGAAUUAAGCAUCUAGUGAAAUAAUGCCAAAUUAAAGGUGCACGAGGAUCUGGAUAUGUCAAGUCUGAUGGUUUAAAGAUCACUGAAUAAAUGAAGCACACGUUAUUCCUCUAAGAAAAUAAAGACAUUUUACUGGGUCCUAAAGCAAAUUUACACCUGUUGCCCUGUUUUACUAUAUAUAUGUUCAGAAUCAGAACACCACAGUUGAUGAAGAAUAAACAUGUUAAUAAUGGAUUUUUUUAAAAGAAUGGUAAAAAAUAUAUAAAUAAGGUGAUGAUAUUUCUCUUUAUUUAGAAGUUAUUACACACUGUAUGCUGUGACUCUGAUCUGGAGAACAUUAAAGAAAUUCAUAGUCAGA